AUGCCAUUAGAAUCCAAAUGGGCAAAUAUACCAGAUAAUAUAGAAUUCAAAAAUAGAAAUAUAAAAAGUCCUAGGGGUCAUUAUAAAAAACCUCACGAAAAUUCAAAAAAAGAUUGUCCCAAGAAAACCAUCCACAAUAACAGCACUACCAACAAUGAGAAGCAGGAUAAUUCCUUACAUUCGAAUAAGUCAAAUAAUUCUAAUACGAAGCAACCUACAAAAUUGGAAUUAUUGAAACAAAAAAUUGAAGAACAAAAAAACAUCCUAAAGGCAAAACAUAAAGAACAACAACAAAAAUUAUUAGAAGAAUUCUUAAAUGAUGAUAGUCCAAUAUUUAAUUGGGAAGAUUCCAUAAAUGAUGAUGAAAAAAUACUAGAAAGAAUAAAUAAAUUGUAG